CAGAAAGUGCGAGGGCGGUUGCGCAGGGAAGUGGGGAGGUGGUUGGCUGGAUGCUAUUCGGUUUACAUAACCCAAACAUUUACUGUGAUUUCUUGAAAAGACCUUGCACUAUAUACCCUCAUAAUUGAAACGUCCAACGUUAUUGUUACUGUGUAGCCUGAGUCGGCUAAGGUUGCAUUGCUUUCUAAGGGAGCGCUAGAAAAAGCAAAGUCGAGGUGCGCGGCAGCAGAAACACUCAUCUGCAUCUUCCACCGGACAGUCAGUCCGUCAGUCGACUGUGGUGCUGCUGUACGUGACUGAGGGAGCCCUGCCCUGCUCUGCUGCACACCAGCAGCUCACUCACUGCAGACGGGAUUUGCAAACACUGUAGCCAGACUCAGAAUGAGCGCUGAGGAGAAUCCCGCUGCUGAACCUGCGCCUGUCAUCGACGUGCAGGGAGACGGACGCUGGAUGUCACAGCAUAACCGGUUUGUGCAGGAGUGCAAGGAUGCCGAGCCUGAUGUUCUGUUUGUGGGGGACUCAAUGGUGCAGCUAAUGCAGCAGAAUGAGGUGUGGCGGGAACUGUUUUCACCUCUCCAUGCUCUGAACUUUGGGAUUGGUGGAGACACAACCUGUAAUGUGCUGUGGAGACUACAGAAUGGAGAACUGGAGAACAUCAGACCCAGAGUGGUGGUUUUAUGGGUAGGAACUAAUAAUCAUGAGCACACUGCGGAUCAAGUUGCAGGAGGAAUAUUGGCCAUUGCACAGUUACUUCUGUCUCGCCUCCCCAAGUCCAAAAUUAUUGUUUUGGGCCUGUUGCCAAGGGGAGAGUUUCCUAACCCUCUGAGAGAGAAAAAUGCAGCAGUGAAUAAUCUACUUCGCGCAUCUCUUCCUCAACUCGGCCCUGUUCCGUUUAUUGAUUUGGGAGGUAGUUUUGUCCACUCAGAUGGGACUAUUUCCUCUCGAGACAUGUUCGACUUCCUACAUCUGACCGCCGGUGCAUACAGGACCAUAUCAACGGCUCUCCAUGAGCUGCUGCUUCAACUGUUGGAGGAAAUGCCUCAGGAGAGGCGAGCCUCACUGGUCUAGGAAGGGGCACCAUAUUGGUCAAUCACUGAAGAGGCAGGGUUAAGACAUGUUGGCUAUUCAUAAUGUACCUAAAAUACUUUAUUUAGCAAGACAAAGAAAAGUACAAAAAGAACAACAAAACAAAAGUGGAUGUAGGACAGUGGCCAGUUUUAUAUGAUCAGUAUAAAAUGUGUAUAUGUAUCUAAGAUGCAUAAUAGACAACAGUAAGAGAAAGAAGACUAGAUGAGACAUAUUUUUGGCAAGAAACAGUUUUUCUUAGGACAUGUUGCUUUGCGGUGGGACCAGAGUCUCUUCAAAAUCCCAUUGUCACAGUCUGAACAACCUUUAAUAGUAGCACUUACUCUGGCAGCUUCUCCGUGCCUUCAUAUAUGCACUCAGUCACACUCACAGUUAUGAUGACAGCAAAAUGAUUCAGACACACAAGAGAAAUCAUGUCUUGCUCCCCAUUUCAAGUUCUUUGGCACAGAGACGUCUGAAACCUCCUCUUUCUCUUUUGCCCUUUCAUAUUCCCAAUAACACAAAUAUGAUGGAGGAAGACUGGAGUGAAAACCAUCAAACCAUGUCAUACCUUUUGUGUGAGAGUUUGAGUUUGAGAAAGCUCCUCUUCUUAAGCAUCUAAUGCACAACCAUGAGGUUUUCAGUGUUAAUAUUUAUCUCACUUGCAUCCCUGUUUUUGUGUAUGUGUCCAUGUGCUCUAUAAAGUAUUAUGUAAAGAGUUAAGUGUGAAUAUGGGAGAGCCAGUGGGCAAGAAGUGAUAUAUAAAGUUGUGUGUGUAUGUAUAUAUAAAUAUAAUCUGUUAGUAUUAAUGUACAGUACUCUGUGCAAAGUGCUUACAUAGCUGGUGCUGGUGUAUGUGAAUGUGUUUGUGUUCGAGUGUAAGAGAUCAACCAUCUGUAACUAUUUGUAUGGCCCUCAAAGUGUGCACAAUUACUGCGGCACAAAUGCCACUUGCUUCAGAUCCAAGCAUUCCAAUAAAUUUGCAGGGA